GAGACUAUAAAAGAUGUUGAAUUAACAAUUUAGUAAUCAGUUGCCAAACAGACGGGAACAUUUAUUUAUUGUUAAAAUAAAUAACUCGCAACUAUGGGUGUCUCAGAAUGGCUUCUUGUUCUAACCGGAAUCGUAACGGCCCUCUACUUUUGGGUUAAACAUCAUUACGGAUAUUGGCGCAGACAAAAUGUACCCUGCAUUGAAACAAAUCCAAUUUUUGGAAAUCUCAAAGAAUUGAUUUGUAUGACCGUUAACCCUGCAGUUCAUGUAGCUAACUUGUAUAAUCACAAGAAUGCCCAGGACCAACCAGUUGUUGGAAUUCAUGUCUUCCAUAAGCCUGCACUUUUGUUGCGUGACUUGGAUUUAAUCAAAACCAUCAUGAUCAAAGAUUUCAACAAGUUUUCAAAUCGCUAUGGAGCAUGUGAUCCACAUGGUGAUCCUUUGGGUCAUUUGAAUAUAUUCUUUGCAAAGAACCCUCUGUGGAAGGAAAUGCGCACAAAAUUAACGCCAGUCUUCACAACUGGAAAGCUGAAGCAAAUGUUUCCACUUAUUGCAAAGAUUGGAGUAGAAUUAGACAAUUAUUUAUGCAAAACUCCCUUGGAUUCAACAAAUUGCAUCAAAGAAGUUAAAGAAAUCAGUGCCCUAUUCACAACAGACGUCAUUGCUUCUGUUGCCUACGGUCUCGAUGCAAAUUGUUUAAAAAAUCCCCAAAGUGAAUUCCGACAGCAAGGAAGCAAAAUAUUUAAAUGGGAUACAUUCAAAACCAUUCAAUUCAAUGGUAUAUUCUUUUUGCCAGAAUUUGUGAGCUUUUUUGGUUGGAAAACUUUUACCACGGAAGCAGCUUCAUUUAUUCGAAACACCAUUUCAUAUGUAAUGGAUGAAAGGCAAAAGAGUGGUGCAGUCCGAAAUGAUUUAAUAGAUACUCUUGUGGCAUUGAAAAAAGAAGCUGCAAUUGCUGGAGAAAAACUAACUGAUGAAGUUCUUAUUGCACAAGCAGCUGUAUUUUUCACUGCUGGUUUUGAGACAACUUCCUCUACCAUCUCAUUUGGAUUGUAUGAGUUGUCAAAGAAACAGGAAGUUCAAACACGUCUGAGAGAAGAAAUCAAAGAAUUCUUGGAGAAAAAUGGCGGGAAUAUUACUUACGAUGCUCUUCAGGAGAUGGAAUACUUGAAUAUGGUUACUUUAGAAAUAUUGAGAUUGUAUCCAUCGUUGCCAUUUUUGGAUCGAGAAUGUACAUUGUCAAAGGAUGAAACAGAAUAUUCUUUGAAGCCAUAUUCGGAUAUAAGUGUUCCACAUGGAAUGCCAAUUUAUAUUUCAACCUAUGCCAUUCACAAGGAUCCACAGUACUUCGCAAAUCCUGAAGAAUUUGAUCCGGAAAGAUUUUCAGCUGAAAAUAGACCAAAUUUGACACCUAACUCAUAUAUGCCUUUUGGAGCUGGACCACAUAGUUGUAUUGGAGAACGUUUGGGAAUUAUUAAGGCUAAAAUUGGAUUGAUUAACUUUUUGAGAAAUCAUUACGUUUUGACAUGCGAGAAAACAGAACACAAAUUAACAUUUGAUCCGAAAGCUGUACUACUUUCAGCUAAAGGAGGACUGUAUUGUAAACUCGUCAGAGAUCCACUUUUUGUUGAACAAAAAUUUCAAGAAUAUCUGGUUUGUGAGCAGUUGGUAUUAAGUCAAACUGCAAAGAUGAUACCAACAGUAGGUCUUCUGGUCAUUAUAGGCCUUCUCACAAUACUUUAUAUUUGGAUGAAAUACCAAUUUUCAUACUGGAAGAGACAAAAUGUGGCCUAUGUUGAACCACUUCCAUUGAUUGGAAAUCUCAAAGGAAUGUUAUCAAUGACUAGUAGUCCUGCAGAGCAAUUGGCUGAUUUAUAUAACCAUGAAAACGUAAAAGAUCAACCUGCUUUUGGUGCUUAUAUGUUCAAUAAACCAGCUCUUAUUGUCCGAGAUCCCGAAUUAGCUAAAACUAUUCUCAUCAAAGAAUACAAUAGAUUCGCAGAUCGUCAUGCUUCGGUAGAUCAUAAUGAUACUUUAGCAUAUAAUAAUCUUUUCUUUAUAAAAAGUCCCUACUGGAAGGAAAUGCGAACUAAAGUAUCUCCAGUAUUUACAACAGGAAAAUUGAAACAAAUGUUUCCAUUGAUUGAAGAGGUAGGAUAUGAGUUGCAUAACUAUGUUUCAAGAUUGACCAAAGAUACAAAAAGUUCCAUUCAAGAACUAAAAGAUAUCAGCGCCCUCUAUUCAACUGAUGUUAUUGCAUCUGUAGCAUUUGGACUGAAUGCAAAUAGUUUGAAAGAUCCAAACAGUGAAUUCCGGCGAAAUGGGAAACCAAUCUUCACAUGGACACCGUACAAAGCUAUUCAGUUUAUUUUUAUUUUCUUCGUGCCAGCCCUCGUAAAGUUGCUUCGCAUUAGGGUUUUCUCCGAGGAAGGAAGCAAAUUUCUUCGAAAUUCUAUCAACUUUGUAAUGACUGAUCGUAAAAAAAGCGGAAUACCAAGAAAUGAUUUAAUUGAUAUUCUAGUGGAGAUGAAGAAAACUGCUGAAACUGAAGGAGAAUGUGUGGACACUGAUAAGUUUGUGGCCCAAGCUGCAAUUUUCUUUACUGCAGGCUUCGAAACAUCAUCUUCGGUGAUUUCUUUUGGAUUGCAUGAGCUAUCAAGGAAGCCCGAAGUGCAGAAACGUUUGCGAGAAGAAAUCAAAGAGUCGUUGAUUAAAACAGGUGGCAAAAUCACCUAUGAAUCUCUAAAUGAAAUGGAAUAUUUGAGUAUGGUGGUUCAAGAGGUCUUGAGAAUGUAUCCACCACAACCUUUUCUAGAUCGAAAAUGUACUUUGGAUGAAAACGAAAAGGAAUUCUCUUUAAAGCCGCAUAUUGAUUUCAAUAUUCCAAAUGGAAUGGGUGUAUUCUUUCCAAUUUUUGCAAUGCAAAGAGAUCCAAAGUACUUUCCAAAUCCAGACGAAUUUGAUCCCGAAAGAUUUUCCGCUGAAAAUAAACCAAAUAUACCAACGUUUUCAUUUUUGUCAUUUGGUGUUGGGCCACGUGCUUGUAUUGGAGAACGUUUAGGAUUGUUUCAAUCGAAGAUGGGAAUUGUAAACUUUUUGAGGGGUCACUAUGUGGAGCCUUGUGACAAAUCGCAUACGAAAAUGAAAUUAGAUCCUAAAGGAAUGCUUUUAAGUGCAAAUGGAGGAGUUUAUGUUAACUUGGUUAGAGAUCCAUUGUUGGAUAAUAAUUAA